AUGGACCGAAGAGUUGGACUACUUGGGGGUGGGCAGCUGGGACAAAUGCUCUGUGAAGCUGCCAAUCCCCUGGGCAUCUCAGUGACCAUUCUGGACGCGGAGAACUCACCUGCGAAGCAAGUAAAUGCGAAGGUCUCACAUGUGAAUGGAUCCUUCACCGACCCCGAAAAGAUACGCGAACUAGCCAGGAAAGUAGACAUACUUACUGUCGAAAUUGAGCACGUCGACACUCAUAUACUAGAGGAGAUCGCAGAGAAGGGUGUGGAGACUGUUGGAGAAGAUGGCAAAAAGACAACGAGAAAGGUGGAGGUUCAGCCUAGCUGGAAGACGAUUCGAACAAUCCAGGACAAAUACCUACAAAAAGACCACUUGACCAAGAACGGUAUCCACACUGCGAUCUCGAGAGCUGUUGGGUCGGGCGAGAAAGACUUGCAAGACUUUGGACGGGACUUUGGUUACCCUUUCAUGUUGAAAGCCAGAAAAGACGCGUAUGAUGGACGAGGCAAUUAUCCUGUCAAGUCCGCCUCUGAUAUCAAGGAAGCCUUGACUGUAUUGAAGAACCGAGACCUAUACGCUGAGAAAUGGGCCAACUUCAAGAUGGAACUCGCGGUGAUGGUCGUCAAGACAGAAGAUGGCGUUUCUACUGAGGGAAAGGGUACCGUGGCUUAUCCUGUUGUUGAGACAAUACACGAGGAUAGCAUUUGCAAACUGGUAUAUGCUCCAGCUCGUGGAGUCUCUUCUUCGAUACAGGAUCAAGCCCAAGCACUAGCUCGGAAGGCAGUGGGAAGUUUGUGGGGAAAGGGUGUAUUUGGUGUAGAAUUGUUUCUUCUGGAUGAUGAUCGUCUGAUUGUCAAUGAAAUCGCACCUCGGCCACACAAUUCAGGACAUUACACAAUUGAGGCAUGCCCAACAAUGUCCCAGUACAAAUCUCAACUCCUCUCCAUUCUCGGCAUCUUCCCCGAUACAUCAAAGAUCCCGACAAUGUUCCCAGCAACAAUCAUGCUGAAUAUCCUCGGUGGAGCAUCCAAAGGUGCCCACGAAGAGCUGGCGAAGAAGGCUGUGGCAAUCCCAACAGCCUCUUUACAUAUGUACGGCAAGGAAUCAAAACCAGCCAGAAAGAUUGGACACAUUACUGUCGUUGGAACAUCCAUGGCACAGGCCGAGAAGGUCAUCAACCCCCUCAUCACCCUCACAGACUCCAUCCGCGCUGAGCGAAAAGGUAUUUCAACGCAUUCAAAGUCUGUACCCCAACAACAACAAUCCACCGACGACAACCAACCCCUAGUCGCCAUAACAAUGGGUUCCGACUCGGACCUACCCGUCCUCAAACCCGGCCUCGCCCUCCUCGCAACCUUCAACAUCCCAUACCACGUAACCAUCACCUCCGCCCACCGCACACCCCACCGCAUGACCGCCUUCGCCGAGUCCGCCGUCUCCAAAGGAUUCAAAGUCAUCAUCGCCGCUGCAGGCGGAGCUGCCCAUCUACCUGGCAUGAUCGCCGCAAGCACACCGCUACCUGUGAUCGGCGUUCCCGUGAAGGGCAGCACGCUGGAUGGGAUGGAUAGUUUGCUUAGUAUUGUGCAGAUGCCGAGGGGUGUGCCGGUGGCUACUGUUGCUAUCAAUAACUCUAUCAACGCCGCUCUUCUAGCAGCCCGUAUACUCGCCACAAACGAUGAGGUCCUCCGUGAGAAACUAGAGAAGUACGCAAGUGACAUGGGUGAAGAAGUAGAGGGCAAGGCUGCAAAGCUGGAAGAUGUUGGUUUCGAGAAGUAUUAA